AUGGAGCAGAUCGAAACACAGAUUCUGUUUGUUCGAAACUUGCCAAAGGACAUAUCCAAGGACAAGAUAAUAGAGUUAUUUGGAGACUAUGGAAGAGUGAUACAGAUAAGAAUAGGAGUGGAGAAGAGUACGGCAGGAAGUGCAUUUGUGGUUUACGACCGAGUGUCUGGGGCUAGGAAGGCAAUAAAACGGAUGAAUGGAUAUUAUUUGGACAACAUGUAUUUGAAUGUGGGGUACUGGCAACCGUUUGAUAAGUUCCGGCUUAUGAUGAAGCGAAAACAAUAG